AGAGAGAGAGAGAGAGAGAGAGAGAGAGAGAGAGAGAGAGAGAGAGAGAGCUAGUGCGUGAGUGAGUGAGACUGAGACCACAAGGAAAAAAGACAUUCCUUUGUAAAGAUACAGCUCGUAUAGUUCGUUAGCCGUAGCCCCCUAAAGGCUGUCCUGCAGACCGGUCAGUGCAUGCCCUGUUUCCCGAAGAGCAUGAAUUCUUUGUUUGGGUCGAACGUGUUUUUGCUACAACACGAUACCAGCGGGUCCCUCGCUUCCACAGAGGGGUUCGGGGCGGACGGUCUCAUCUUCGAGCACGCCGGGCUAGAUUUCUUUUCGCCCAGCGCCGGGAGUGUCGAGAUAGCGUCUCUGCAGCAAAAUCUCAACGUCAACAACAUCAAUAUCAACGCCGCCACCAUCCACCACAGCACCGGACCUGCUUUCCAACCGGCCAUGGCGCUGAGGAACGACCUGGGCUCCAACAUCAGUGUGCUGAAGACCUUGAAUCUGCGGUUCCGCUGCUUCCUGGCGAAGGUCCACGAACUGGAGCGGCGGAAUAAAAUCCUGGAGAAGCAGCUGCAGCAGGCUCUGGACGACAACAGCGGCAAGCAGAGGAAACCGCUGACAAGGGAGCAAGGGAUCCAGACGGGCUUCGCCGGGCCCAUCCAGGGCCGAACCGGCUUUGUAGCGUCCAGCUUCGUCUCCACCGCUGCCAGUAACACCAGUCAAAGUGCUGGGGGAUACCGUAUUGGGACCAGUACGUUGUUCACCCCAGCGCUGACGUCAGUCUUAGCGCUAGAUUCAAAUUGCGCUCAGGUCAACAACAGUUCCAAUGGCUCGACUCAAACCGGCAUCGGCUCCAAUUCGCCUCGUUUUAUGCCCGGGACUAUCUGGUCUUACAACCACACCCGAAAUCUCGGCGCCGGUUUGGAGACACGCUAUACCGGGCCCGGUGUCUCCUGGGUCCACCCGGACGGAGUCGGGGUUCAAAUCGACACCAUCACCCCAGAGAUACGAGCGCUUUACAACGUUCUGGCCAAGGUGAAACGCGAGAGGGAUGAGUACAAGCGCAGAUGGGAGGAGGAGUACACACUGAGGGUGCAAAUGCAAGAGAGAGUCAAUGAGCUACAGGAGGAUGCUCAGGAAUCGGAGGCCUGUCAGGAGGAGCUGGCUUUCAAAGUGCAGCAGCUCAAAUCUGAGCUAGUCCUGUUCAAGGGGCUGAUGAGCAACAACAUGUCCGAACUAGACUCCAAGAUCCAGGAGAAGGCAAUGAAGGUGGACAUGGACAUCUGCCGACGCAUCGACAUCACGGCCAAGCUGUGUGACGUGGCGCAGCAGAGGAAUGGCGAUGACAUGAUCAAGAUGUUCCAGUAUUCACUGCACUUGUCUCCUUUCAAGGUGGCCCCUCCCCCCUCUGGAAUGGGGCGUCGCCCUGUGAGAGACAGGAAGCAGCAAGCCCCGGGCGAUGAGGAGCCAGUCAGUGUGUCCGAGAGCGAGGUGGCCGGGGCCAGGGAAGAGGAAGACACCAGCGCAGCCAAUCAGAUCAAUGAGGAGAUGCAGAGGAUGCUCAAUCAGCUGAGGGAGUGUGAUUUUGAGGAUGACUGCGACAGCCUCACCUGGGAGGAGACUGAGGAGACACUGCUGCUCUGGGAGGAUUUCUCCGGCUACGCCAUGGCAGCCGUCGAAGCGCAGGGAGAGGUGAGAGGGAGGAUAGGAGAGCAGGAGGAGAACCUUGAGAAAGUGAUUCGAGACACGGAGUCCAUGUUCAAGUCUCGGGAGCUCGAGUACCAGGAAACCAUCGGACAGAUUGAGCUGGAACUCGCCACUGCGAAGAACGACAUGAACCGGCACCUGCACGAGUACAUGGAGAUGUGCAGCAUGAAGAGGGGGCUGGACGUGCAGAUGGAGACCUGCAGGAGACUCAUCACACAGUCCGGAGACAGGAAGUCUCCUACUCCAUUCACAGACCCAGGGGCGAGCGAGGAGAGCGAGGAUUCAGAGAAGGAGAGAAGAACACCCUUUGAAAAUGAAGAGAAGAGAUAGGAAAGAGAGGGGGAAUGAGGGAGAGGAGAGAGAAACAAUCUCCCUCCCCUAACAGUGAAGUGAAGAGAGGGAUGAGAGAGCGUGACAGAGGAAAUAGCAGGGAGGAGCAGGUUAGAAGGGGAGAGAAAGAGAGAGCAGGAGACGGGGAGUGUGAGUAUAUGAGAGUGGGGGAGGAUGAACAAGAGAUGAGAGAGAGGUGAGAGUAAAAAGCUGGAGAAGAAAGUAUAGAUAUUAAAUGGAAAAAAGGAGUAGGAGAGAAAAUGGAGGAAAGGGAGAGAGCGGGAAAGAUUAAGAGUUCGACAGGAGCUGUAAUAAUGUGUAAAUAUUUACUAAUACUUGCAAGUAAACACAAAACUGGCACCAUUUUGGUUCCAAAGUUGACUCUGCAUCGUCUAUAAACCAUAGGGCAUGUGGAGCCGACAUGGCCGACACAGGGCUGCAGUUUCACACCCCUUGCAUAGUUUUUAUAUGGGCUGUCAGUUAUAACAUGGUAUGUGGGCUAAUGUACAGGGGUUUGUCAUAUCAGAAUAUUCUUUCAAAGUUCUUUGAGUCUUUCAUUAUGUAAUAGCUUAAUUAAAUCUAUGAUUUUGCACAAUGUUAUCACAGUACAGCAGAAGCAGUCUCAUCCAAUUCAAUUGGUUCAAAUGUGAAAAUCUUGCAUCUCGGAGGGAGUCGUUACGCUACAUUGUUAAUGCAUAAUGCUCUGAUGUUAAUAAACUGCAAUGUCAGGCACAACAGUGUGUCUAUAAACAUCACAGUGCGGUGCUGCAUGUAUACUGCACAAAGAGCAUCUGUCCAAGUGACUGCGAAACAAAGCACUGUAGUACAGUCCUUUCCCAAAACAGAAUUCCAAAACCAGUUCUUACGUGCUUUCUCAUUCUAUCUGCAACUCAAUCCAUUGUGUCCUGCUAGGAGCUGAAUGUACUGUUUUUGACCCAUAAUGAAACAUGCAUUGAUUAGUUUCCAUCUGCACCAUUCAGCUGGUCACAAGCCAGAGGUCCAUCGGUUAAUAAAGGGAUCUUACAGGAUCGGAUACGACAGCUUCUACUGUGUAAAGAAACCUCUCAGGAGUAACACUGCAUUGUGCAACUCUGAUGUGCUUUCCCACACCUCAAAAGCAGUAUGCUUUGCUGCAGUAGUUGGUAAGCCUAUUGAAUAAUGAUGCAGUAGAAACAUCAGUAUGAAAUCAUACAUGACAGACAUGUAUAAGCAGGUAAGAAAUGAAAUAUUUUGAAGCUGCAGAUGAUAGGCUGGAAAUAAGACUCCCACUGCGUAGCAGUGCGUUCCAUUCCUAUUGAGCUUGUUACAUGCACACUGGCUGAUCAAGCUUGUAUUAUAACCUGGAAUGGGUGACACCGCUGUGCAACAGGAGUCUUAUUUCCGUCCUUGUGAUAAAGUGUCUGUAAUGUGAUUAUCGGAAAUCAUGUUUGUAGCUGAUAAAGUGAUUACUAGAAAUGUCAGACUGUGUGUAGCUUGAACAUGGCAUAGCCACGGGUACAGGUAGGUACUUGUUGACGUGUAAAUCUGGUUUAAAAAGCCUGUGCAGGGCUGUAGCUGUAAAGUCCUGCUACUAUACAAUAUGUUUUAUAAUACAUGGGAUUUAUAUGAUAUGCAAUCAGAGACAAUGAACCUAAAGGAGUGCCAAGGUCUUUCUUGCCUCUUAUUAGCACUAUUAGCAACAUUAUCACUGCUCUCACCUUUAAAGGAGCACUAGCCAUCUUUAAAACCCAUUCUCUUAGCUCUUAUUAGCUUUAUUAACAAUAAUAUUGCCCACUUUUAAAGAAAUGCUAAGCAAUAUUAAAACCCAUUCUCUUCUCCCAAUAGCACUAGCAACAUUAUCACUUGCUCUCCUUAUAGAAGUGCUGACCAAGGCUACAUUUUAGUGACAAUAAGAGGCUAGAACUCUUAGAAUAUAGGUUUUGCUAGUGUUAUGUAAUAUUUAAAUGUGCAAAGCUAAAUAUUGUGAAUGCCUUAGCCAUGAGUAAAUAGUAAAUGAGCUUAGGAAACUGGUGCCAUUUUGGCUUCUAUUCAGACCUGGCCUGUGUUAACAAUACAGACUUGGAGCCAAAAUGGCAGACAACGGACUGCAGUUUCAUAGACUUCGCUGCUCUGUAAACAUGUGAGAAGUCUGGUUUGGAAACUGAGGCCCAUUUUGGAUCCAGAGCUGGGCCUGUCACUUGUGUUACAGACAGGGGGAUUAGAUCCAGUUUCACAGGUGAAGGUUUACAUAGCAGAUGGAUUGCUGCCUGAGUGUAUAUUCAAACGUGCAAAGCUAGAGAUAAUGAAUGCCUUCGCCACAAACACAAGUUGAAAUAUGUGUAGCUUCGAAUUGCAGUAAAAAUACAACACUGUGUGUGUGUGUGUGUGUGCAAAAAAUAAAUAAAAAAUAUCUGUACAAAUUGCAAAUGUGUCAGACUAUAAACUAUGAUAUAUAAAAUUAUGGCUAUUGCAACUUAAGGGGAAAUGCUGGUGCCACUGUACAAUAUAUAAUAAAAGUGUGGCUACUGAAACUUAGUGGAAGUGUGUGAAUCAUUGCUGGAGCCACUGCUGUACCACAAACCGUCUCGCUUCAGGAAUUCAGCUUUUAGGCACCUUAUCACAAGCAGGUGCAGUGGUUGAAACGGAAAGGUUAAGUCGGUUCACCGGCUGAGUAAUGAUCUUAUAUUAGACACAUAAGAAGUGAAAUAUUAGGAACAUGCAGGGGAUGUAAAGUACAGGAUCUCAUGAAAAGGGUUGAAUGUCCACAUGCCUGUAACUAGAGCACUGGAGCUUAUUGUUCUGAUUAUAUGUACAGGUAACAGUUAUGUAAAGCAUGCGUAUGUACGUUCAAACCCUCACACAGCACUAUGUAUCAGGGUUAUUAAAGUCCUAACCCAUGCUU